CUUCAAACAUUUUAAACAGUUGUCAGUGACUGCAUAUCGCUAGGGGCGUGGCUGAUGAGGAGCUUGAUUCAAUUUGGGCUGGUUAGGCCAUCAUUAUAUCGCAGUUGUUCUAGAGAUGUGCGCAUUGGACUGGCGGCGUCGCCAUCUCGAGCACAAUCGACCUCAACUCCUACUGGCGCACGCCGACGAUGGCCUGCCUACCUCGUCACUAUUGCGACUGGCUUUGGCAUCGGAUCUGCAUACAGGGUAUUCUUUGGAGUAGGAUCUGAUGGAGUAAAUCCUGAAACGUUUACCCCUUUUUCAUUGACUGGGAGAGAAUCCGUUUCGCCAACGAGCAGUAUCUUUACCCUGACGCCGGCUUCAUCACGAACGAAUGAAAACGAUCAUCCAUACGCGCAGUUAUGGAAACAAGGCGUCUGGAGCGUUGAAUUCAAGCAACCACAGCUCCAGAUUGCCCGUUCUUACACGCCUCUGCCGCCGUCCCUUAUUCCAAGUAGUCCGUCGGGGGACGGAGACCACGAACAGACAUUACGCUUCCUAAUACGCAGAGAGAAAAAGGGCGAAGUCUCCAACUAUUUACAUCGGAUCGGCCUUGGUACUUCUAUUGAUGUCCGAGGACCUAAACUGGAAUUUACUCUUCCAUCUACGACAGAUGACGUGGUCUUCAUUGCCGGAGGCACAGGUAUUGCUCCUGCUCUGCAGGUAGCUCGGGCGCUGUUUUCAAGAAGCACUACAGAGAACGGCUCUUUGCCCCGCUUGCAUAUACUCUGGGCAAACAGAAGGAGAGAGGAUGUUGUGGGAGGCGUCAGCGACACUAAAUCUCCUCCGAAAAAGGCGUCUUGGAUACCUUGGCGAUCUCCUCCUAGCAAGGAGGAUCCCGAAGCUUCAGCUGCGGAUUCUAACAGAAGCUACCUAGUCCAGGAGCUUGAAGAACUCAAGAAGGGGCAUCCAAAACAAGUCAAAGUCGAUUACUUUGUUGACGAGGAAGGCACAUAUGUCGGUCCGGAUAAUGUGUCUGCUGCCCUCGCAUCAAAAGAAAGCGCAGUCGAUGUUGCAGCAGCCACCUCGAAGAGAAAACUGAUCUUAGUAUCAGGACCAGAGGGGUUUAUCAAUGCCUUGGCCGGACCCAAAUUAUGGGAAGGUGGACGAGAAGUUCAAGGACCUCUCGCCGGUCUACUGUCGAGUUUACCUAUAUCAGACUGGCGUGUCUGGAAACUCUAGCAUCCUGCUCGUCGCCCCAGUUUCUUCGGAUGAUGAAUCUCCGCAGUAGCCACCUCUUUUAUUAGCAUUAUCAUUUUGUCGAGGAAAUGGCAAAUCUCAACUAUUUCCAACCUGUAAAUACCCAAUACUUGCAAAGCAUCUAUAGAUUACCUGUCAGCAAUAUUUCAUACGUACGCUUUGUAUAUGCAUGCUUUAUAUAGUGUGAAGCCAAGCUAUAUCUGUACGGCAAAUUGAUUAUUUGCAUGCGAACGCUUGACUAGUCAAGAUAAGGGCAUCGAGGGUUGGACUGACUGAACGAUCUGUACGCACAGUAAACGUUUCUUUGCCGCCGUAGGAGUCGAGCGAAUUGUCGGCUGACAGACCCAC